AUGGUGCAAUUGAAAGCGUGGCAGAAGCUAUUUAGCGAGCGGAGGAAGGCAUAUGAGGCGCUUGCUGUCGGCAAGGAGCACAACAUGGCCAAAAUGAACGAGACCAUCAGCACCCUGCACGAUAUGACACGCCAGGUUUUCGGGCGUAAGCUUGAAUUUCUCACCGUCCACCGUCCCGGAGCCCGUUAUUUUUGUGUGGCUUGGAAGUCCGACGUGGAACCAAGCUACGCGGCGCUGGUUGUUCACUCAGCCCCGGUCGUGAAUGCUGAGUAUGAAAAGGUGAAGGAACUUGUGGGCUUCAAUUCGGUUGAUGUUCUGAGAUACAAUGACGAUUCCGAGGAAGAAGAUGAGAGACCUUACAGAUCAGACCCUGAGUAUCUCAUCGAUGACUCGGGCUAG